AUGGAAGAGCUGGGUGGAGAUGGUCUGGGUCUCGAUCACUCGGUUCUCAAGGAACAUGGGGAACAGACUGAGAUCAAUGAAAUUGCCGAGAGCAGCGUAGAUGAGGGCAAUCCGGACGAAGACAUGAACCAGGAGGGAACGGAAGGAACCGAGGGAGAAGGCGUGCACGGCACACAAUGCUUCAAAAAUCUCAUUGACAAGCCGGUAGCAGAGGAGAUUAAGCUUUUCGAGUGGUGUCCCACCAUGGAUUUGCUGGCCUGGAUCACUGCAGACGACCAGCUCAUCGUUCAGCGCCUGUCGUGGCAGCGCCUGUUCAGCAUCCGCACCCACGACCAACCCACCACCGCCCUCACCUGGCGCCCUGAUGGCAAGAUCAUCGCGGUGGGCCACCAAGACGGCAAGAUAUCGUUGGUCGAUGUGGAGAACGGCACCUCGUACUUCUCCUCCCAGUUCCACUCUGCGUCAGUCACCUGCCUUCACUGGGCACAGGAGACGGCCGUCGGCGCACCGGCCGUCGGAGCCCUGCAGCAUGCGCACAUCCACUACUUGACCGCUUCCUUCCACCGCUGCCACUUCCACCGGGUCAGCCAUCGGACGGGCAUGGCCGUGGAUAUGGCAACGACCACCAAUGCCGCGGCGCGGAUGCCACCACCUAAUCAGCUCAACAUCCUCGUGUCCGGUGAUGAAACGGGCAAAGUCAUUCUGAGUGCGCUUGGAACGUUUUGCGUCGGCAUGGCCGACAUUCGGGCCAUGGCCAACUCUCAACAGGCACAAGCGAUGAAGGUCAACCUCUCGGCCGACCUUAAGCAUCUCUACAUAGCGAUCGAAGGCACGCUCGACUGGGAGUAUCUGACCGUGCGGGAAGACAGCACGGCGCAGUACUCGUUUCUCUCCCCGCUCCCUCCGGCCAAGACGCCGUCGUCGUUUUCGUCUUCCUCGGUGAGCCCGGACUCGUCGCCCACUCUCGCGUUGAUCGACCUCAACACGUCGCUGCUGUGGUCCCGGCGGCAGGAACUCAAGCUGAUCGCUGUCCAAUCGGCCUACAUAUCAUCGCACCUUUCCCACAUCGACACGACGCUCCAGCUCAUGGGCGACAAAUGGGGCCACUCCAUCGGCGAGUUUAACACGCGGUGCAGCGAUUUUUCCAACAUGCUGCAAGAGAACAACAGCACCACGACAGUACGGCAAGAGCUGCUCUACUUUCUGGUGACCGGUGUUCCCAGCGCUGAUCUCGAGCGAUUCUUGCUCACCACGUUGACGGAGUCGGGGGUGCGGAAAAUGGGCAAGGGAAUCGAGGCCGGCUGCGCUCGGCUGGAGGAAUUGCUCAUCACGCACCUCAAACCAGCCAGCGAGACACUGCUGUUUCGGCUGAGCGAGCUCCAGGGAAGGGCCAAGUGGUACGAGCAAUUCGGUAUCAUCGGCCUGGAGGAGGAGUCCCUGUCGUUCCUCCUGCAGAAGGCGUCACUCUUCAUCCGCCGCACCGAGGAGCUGGCCAAGAUCCUGAGCGAGAUGAAGAGGAAGUACUCGGCCUUUUUCAACUGGCUGCUUGCCGGCACACUGCGGCUGGCCGACAUGCUGACUCGGCGGCGGAUGAAGGAGCUGGUGCCGAUCGAUGAGAAGGCCGUCUCCGACUUUUUGAACGACAACCUGGGAAAGGACCUGAUCGCGCCGUUCUUUAAGGAGGCGGCGACCGACGACGACGCGAACCCAGAAGGACAGGCCGCCGCCACGGCAACGGCAACGCCGACUGCGGACAACAGCAUGCUGCUGCCCUCGCCCGGCGGCGUUGGGGCCAUGUCUCAGUCCGACGGGCUCAACCGCCUGUCGGGCUUUGGCAGCGCCACCCCCUCCUUCGCGCGCCGCAUCGCCUCUCACUCGUCGUCGUCGCCCUUCAUGCUCUCCUCCUCCAUCUCCCCGUUCACCAACGUGUCGCCGCGGUCGGCCGCCUUCCAGCUGCCGGGCGUGGGCGCCGCCCCCGACGUCGGCGUGGCCUCGACCCCCGCCCGGCCCAGCCAGAACUCGUUCUCCUCGUCGCAGCUCCACCCGAGGGGCGUCAACCCCGUGACCGCGCUGGGCUCGCUCUCUGCCUUCUCGACGCCCUCGCCGGCCUCGGGCUCGGCCGCGUCGUCUUCCUCCUUUGCCGGCACGCCGUCCACGGGUGGUCUGCCGCGCUUCUCACCCUCUUCGAUCGCGGCCAGCGUCGCGCGGAUGCAGCUCUCCUCCAUAUCGGCGCUCUCCACGCCCUCGUCGGCCUCGCGCGGCGGCUACAGCUCCCGAGGGUCCACGCCCUCGUUCGUCGUCGGCCUCAGCGGGCAGGCGUCGAUCAACGCCAACGCGCACGGCACGCCCGGGUCCUCCCUCGGCGGGUCCGCUCCCUCGCUGAAGCAGAUGUUCAGCGACAUGGCGGCCAUCUACGAGGAGACCUUCAUCAUGCCCUCGCAGACCCUGGCCAAGUCGUUCACCAUCGACAACGCCAUUCCGCUGCUGGCCAUCAAGAUGAAGGAGACUGCCGCCGCCGCCGCGGCCAAGUCGGCCCCGAGCAGCGCUGCGACAGCGCCGCCCGAGCCUCCCAAGCCCAAGAAGGAGAAGCGAGAGCGAAACUACUGGGAGGAGGACGAUGAGGACGAAGCCGAAGCCGAAGAGACUGCGGCGGCCGAUGCCGGCUUCAACCACCAGCAGCCGGCGGAACUCGACGACGAAGGGGGAGGCGAGGGCGGGGAGGAGAUCCCUGACCAGGUGCUGACCGCCUUCUUCACCGAGACCGUCGCGAAGGAGGGAAGCCGGAACGAUUCGGGCGUGUGUCUGCACCUCACGGCCUUCCAUUCGUCGGCGCCGAUGCCCGCCUCGCUCCAAGACGCGCUGGGCGGGGGCGAUGCCUCGUUCUCGUUCUUGGACGACACCUCGGCAGCUCCGUCGGAGCCGAAGCGCUGCGUGUGGCUGCUGCGGAAGCGGUACCACUUCAACCCGCGGCAGCACCGCCGACGACAGGGCCUCGAGGAGCUCGCCACCGUCUACGACGCGGCCGCCAACGCCACGACGGUCGACGAGGACUACAGCGUGGGCGCCCUGCGCCUCCCGCGCGACAACGCCGAAGUCAUGCACCUGUCCUUCUACAACAAGGACACGCUGGCCGUGCUGUCGUGCGCCACCACCUUCAGCGUGGACCACUCCAUCGACCCCCUUGUCGAGCCCGAGGGUAGUGUGGUGGAAACCGUGUUGGAGCUGCUUCCGAUCACGGACGUCACGUUCGUGCCGAUCCCCGACCGAUGCCAGCUCAGCAGCAGUCGCACGAACCUGGUGCAGCGAAUGCUCGCUGACAAGUUGUUUGUGUCUUCGACGCCGAGUGAGUUCAAGUCGAGGCUGCAACCUCCAAACGCGGCUGGCGCCGCCGUGAGCGGGACUCGAAACGUGGCCGCAGUGUACGCCGCGCCCAAGCGACUCCUGUUCUACGACCUCCUGGACGAGGAGCAAGAAGACGGAGAUGAGGAAGACGAAGAUGAAGCCGAGGAGGAAGAGGGUGGAGCAAUCGAAGAAGUAGGCGAGGAGGCGACUACCACUACGAAUACCUCACACAUGGUCCGGGACGGAGAGGAAGAGGAAGAAGACGAAGAUGAGGAAGAAGAUGAGCCAGCAGGCAGCCGAGAUGGCAGCUUCAUGGAUGAAUAG